CUUCUUCCUCAUAUAUCACUCUAGCUGCUGCAAGUGAGCAACCGAAUCACAAAACCCUAGCAAUGGCGACGAAACCAGCUAAACAAUCCGUGCAAUGCUUCGGGAGGAAGAAGACGGCCGUCGCCGUCACCCACUGCAAGCCCGGGUGCGGUAUGAUCAAGCUCAACGGCUCCCCGAUCGAGCUCUUCCAGCCCGAGAUCCUCCGGUUCAAGAUCUUCGAGCCGGUCCUCCUCCUCGGGAAGCACCGUUUCGCCGGCGUGGACAUGAGGAUCCGCGUUAAUGGCGGUGGUCACACUUCACAGGUCUACGCGAUUCGUCAGAGUAUUGCUAAGGCGUUGGUGGCGUUUUAUCAGAAGUAUGUGGAUGAGCAGUCGAAGAAGGAGGUGAAGGAUAUUUUGAUUAGGUACGAUAGGACUCUGCUGGUGGCGGAUCCGAGGAGGUGCGAGCCGAAGAAAUUUGGAGGGCGUGGUGCUCGUUCUCGUUUCCAGAAGAGUUACCGUUAAAACAAAUGUGGUCGGUCUUAUGCGUUGUUCAAGUAUUCGCUAUUGCGUUUUGUUUUUGUUGUUUUGGUUACUCUUUGAAGAACUUAAAUGUUUUUACAGUGUUUGCUAUCUUUAAUCUCAUUUUCGAUUUGAUGAAA